AUGAAUGAAAGCUACAAAUUUGUGGAAAAGACACUCAAAGUUAUAACGACAUUUAAGCCUCUCAAAGGGCUUCCAGCAGUUCUUGAAAGCCAACUUCUGCACUCAGCAGCACUCUGUGCUGUUCAGAUGGCGAAUCAGCUUGACAACACGGCAGUGUGGGCAUCCUGUAGCACUGUGGCAUCUGACUCUCCUUUUUCUGUAACAGUAGAAAUCUUGAGUAAAUGUGUCCCGUUCACUUUUUUUUUCUUCCUAGGCAUUGCUUCCAUGACAGUGCCAGUGUAUAUCGCAGAAGUCUCACCACCCAAUUUAAGAGGCCGAUUAGUCACAAUUAACACCCUCUUCAUCACAGGAGGCCAGUUCUUUGCAAGUGUUGUUGAUGGAGCCUUCAGUUAUCUCCAGGAGGAUGGAUGGAGGUACAUGUUGGGGCUUGCAGCAAUUCCCGCCAUUAUACAGUUUUUUGGUUUUCUCUUCUUGCCCGAAAGUCCUCGAUGGCUUAUUCAGAAAGGACAGACUCAGAAGGCUCGUAGAAUUUUAUCUCAGAUGCGUGGUAAUCAGACCAUUGAUGAAGAAUAUGAUAGCAUCAAAAACAACAUUGAAGAAGAGGAAAAGGAGGUUGGCUCAGCUGGACCUGUGAUCUGCAGAAUGCUGACUUAUCCCCCAACUCGCCGAGCUUUAAUUGUGGGUUGUGGCCUACAAAUGUUCCAACAGCUCUCAGGCAUUAACACCAUCAUGUACUAUAGUGCAACCAUCCUGCAGAUGUCUGGUGUGGAAGAUGACAGACUCGCAAUAUGGCUGGCUUCAGUUACAGCCUUCACAAACUUUAUUUUCACGCUCGUGGGAGUGUGGCUUGUUGAGAAAGUGGGCCGCAGAAAGCUUACCUUUGGCAGUUUAGCAGGUACAACAGUAGCACUUACAAUUCUUGCCUUGGGAUUUCUGCUCUCAGCCCAGGUUUCCCCACCCAUCACUUUCAAACCAGUUGCUCCAUCAAGCCAAAAUGCUACUUGCACAAGAUACAGUUACUGUAAUGAAUGCAUGUUGGAUCCAAACUGCGGUUUCUGCUACAAGAUGAACAGAUCAGCUGUUGUUGACUCCUCCUGUGUUCCAGUUAAUAAAGCUUCUACCAGUGAGGCCGCCUGGGGCAGGUGUGAAAAUGAAACCAAAUUCAAAACAGAGGAAGUGUUCUGGGCUUACAAUUUCUGCCCUACUCCAUACUCCUGGACUGCACUUCUAGGCCUUAUUUUAUAUCUUGUUUUCUUUGCACCUGGGAUGGGACCAAUGCCUUGGACUGUGAAUUCUGAAAUAUAUCCCCUCUGGGCAAGAAGUACAGGAAAUGCAUGUUCAUCUGGAAUAAACUGGAUUUUCAAUGUUUUGGUUUCACUGACAUUUUUACACACAGCAGAAUAUCUUACAUACUAUGGAGCCUUCUUCCUCUAUGCUGGAUUUGCAGCUGUGGGACUUCUCUUCAUCUACGGCUGUCUUCCUGAGACCAAAGGGAAAAAGUUAGAGGAAAUUGAAUCACUCUUUGACAACAGGCUAUGUACAUGUGGUACUUCUGAUUCAGAUGAAGGAAGAUAUAUUGAAUACAUUCGAGUGAAGGGAAGUAACUAUCAUCUGUCAGACAAUGAUGCUUCUGAUGUGGAAUAGUUUAGUAACCUAAACAAAUGUAGGGAAAGGCAGCACUUGGUAACCUCACUGCCCUCCUCCUAAAAUGGUCGUUCCCAGUCUCAUUCUGAAUGACUUUCAUGUCCUAGAAUAUGUGACAAGAAAUGCAGCCCUGAUAUUUUUUUCACAAACAGAAGUGUUUAAAAAAAUCAAUUUUAAUCUGAAAAUUCUGAAGCAAAUGUGUGUAAUUCCUUCCUGAGAAAGUCUGAAAUGAAUACUAUACCCACUGGCGUCAGUGGGACCCUUUUUUCUACGAACGUAUAUAAUUAGUGGCAAGAUCAUCAUUGCUAAUCUAGCCAAAAUAAUCUACAUUUAUAAAGGAUUCUGUGAGUUGGUCCAAGGGUGUUUUAUGUCAAAACAAGGCCUUUUCACCCUAAUUUUUCUAAAUGACUAAUAACUCAUUGUGGUCAACUGAUAGAAGUAAAUUCCAUUUAAACUUUCAUUGAAGAAUUCCAAAAUAUAUCUGUAAGGGCACAGCUGUCCUUAUCUCCUCUGGGUUCCAUAUUUUGGUUCUCUCUCCACUUCAGAUACCGAAAGUUCUUCAGAGACGGACUCUGCACGGGAUCUAUUGAACAUUAAAAAAAGCAGGUCCUUUAGGGAUUAUUUUCAUACCUUCUUUGCAUCAGUGAUAAGUAUAUUUGCACAGAUAAGCUAGCAAGUUUUGAUAAGUAUAUUUUAUUGUCAAAGAAAGAAAGAAAAGAUUUUUAUAGAACCCUAAACCAUUAGUCACUCAGAACUGCAAUUGUAAAUGCAAAAUAGUGCCAGGUCUUUAACUGUAUUUCAGAGUCAUCUUUUGUUCAUGCCAAACUCGCCACAUCUUUGUUCAUGGCUCUGGAGUCCUACUCUUUCGUGCCUUCAUUGGUGUUAUAUAAAUAGCUGCUAGUACAUUAUCAUUCCCUUUCUUCAUACAGUUAUUUCUGAAACAAACGAGAUGAAGGAACUCAGUGGCAGAAAUAGUCCUGCUGUUAUAGAUGUUAAUUAAAAAUCAUGGGACUUAUUUUUUAAUUUUUUAUUAGCUAAAGAAAUUGUCAUGUUUUAUUAAUUAUGUCUUUUUAAUUAGAAGAACAUAAACAAGAUUUUAUUUUGCACAUCUUUUCUCAUUUUCCCUGACAGUUUAUCAAAAAUGAAAGACACUUAGAUUUGUCUGUGUGUUUUUUCUUUAUGUCAUGCUUGGUUUGGUUUUCCUUCAUGUAAAAAUUGAUAUUUUCCUAUGGAAACACAUAAAUGGUUCUAAUAUAUCACAUCUGUAAGAAAUGCUGACUUACCAAAAAGGACAUUGCUGCAAUAUCUUUUUCGAAGGGUUUUCUCUGGUUUAUGUGUUCACUCAUCACUACUUAGUUAUUGCCCUUCUAUUAAGCACUGUAUAGUACAUACAAAAUCACUGCUCACACUGCGCAUUGAAUAAAAAUAAGAAUGAAUCAUCUGUGGCCAGUUAGGAAUGCAUUGACUGGUGUAUGGGUUUGGAAUGAAGAGGUGGCUCUCAGUAAAUUCAAAAUAUUUCUGCCGGUCUCCAGACGCUUUGUUCUUAUCACAAUCAGCAAGCUAAAAGUUUUGCUGAGAAAGUUCAUUCCCUGAGUCACCAGAGGUACUUAAACAGCCACUUCAGUGCCCUAAAAACCUUUCAACCAAAAGAGUCUCCAUUUGAUCACUUUAUAUUAACAAACAUAGUGUUUUUGGAAAGUAGUUUUUCCUCGUGUUAGGUGCUUUGACAAUUGAUUUCUGAUGGGUUAUUAAUAUUGAUUUUCCCCAGAAAAGCAAAUAUGAUUUAAUAUGGAAAACUUUUAUUGAUAUUUCUUAUCCCAUAAGAAAUUUCUUAUAUGUAUAAUAGUCUAACAGAUAAAAUGAAAAUGAGCUAUUCUGUGAUAAAAUCAGAUUGAGAAAAAAUAUUUAGAGCAGUAUUCUCUUUAAAAACUUAUUUUUCUGAUUUGUUGGAAUAAAUGCCUCAGUUCUCUUAUUCUAUACAUAGCCUUAAUUAUAUACUCAGCUGGGCUGAUAAAGGAGCAGUUAAACUUACUAUUUCCUACAGCAGAAGAUGGCCUGUUCUCUCUGACAUCACGAAGUAUUUUCAACUCUAACCCUAAGUGCACAUAAUAGCAGGGACCAUUAGCCACAGUCCUCCCCACUUCCCUGCAGCCCCUUCUUAAAAGACUACUUGUUAUUUAUAUAAUGAUAAUAAUAUUCCAUAUGUUUAAAGUAAAGAGAGACACAGUAUAAGAUUUAUAACUUUUAAAAAAUAAUUCCUUGAAAAGGAAACAUUUAUAGUGCAUUAUAAAUUAAAGUUUGAAAUUUGCAGGUUUUUUUAUAUUAUACACCUUUUAAGUUCUGUGUCUUUGGCUACUGUCAACUUGAAAACAUCCCAUCUGAGAUAUUAUUAAAUAUGUAUAUUUUAUAAGAUAAUAUGUAUACGGUGUGACAGACACAGAUCAAGCAUCAAUUAAAAUUACAGGUUUCCUCUAAACAUGCUGCAAAUUCAAUGGAAGUAUAUCUUGUUUUAGGAAAAUACAGUGAAAAAAGUAAUGUAUGCUUCUGAGGAUUAGCUGGAUGGGUCAUCACUGGAAUUAAAGGGAGAUACUGUUUUGCCUGCAUAUGAUGAACACAGUGCUGAAUGUGACGUGUAAAGGUUUACUGUUAGUACUUUUCUUCCACGUACACAUCCCUCACAGCUCUGUUGCACUGCAGUCAGUCAUCUCAAACACUGGAGUAUGUAUGUAGAAGAUCUAAGAUGCUUCCAUUUGAAAUUUUGUCCCCAACCGUGUUAGUGGAGAAAAUGCUGUGAGAAUAUACUAAAGGCUUUACCAUAAUUUACCAUCAAACUAGAUUUUAGUACAGUCUAAAUAUUUUUAAAUUAUCUACUCUAAAAUGGGAUGUCAAAGUAAGUUAUUUACCAAAUUUUUACUGAAAUUUCAUCAUCUGUUAAACAAAGAUGAUUAGAAAGAACAUAACUUGUCCACUUAUUCUUGCUUUUAAAGGCCAAGUAAAACUGAAAUAUAUUCUAAUCGUCCAUAGAUUCUGGAAGUGAGAAGACAGAAUAUUUUAGAAAAUGUCACAGAAAAGUCUCACAAUUACUAAUAUAAUUAAUUCUGUAAUACAGUGAGGAAGUGGAGGAUUAUUGUGAUUUGAUUUUAUCAAUGCAAUUAAGAAGAAUAACAUUGUUUUGUUAUAAUCAGAAUUUACUUUUUUCUGAGGAAUAUCAUAUUCUAUCAGAUGGCUUUUUUCAGUUGUUGAAAUGUUUUCAAUUCCCAGAUUCAGACUAUUUCAUUAACUAGGAAUAAAAAGUUAGAUGAUAUAACCAGCCCAGGAGCAGAAAAUUCAUAAUAUAUGCUUUAGAGCAAACUUGUUAAGUUGGGGCAAAAUUUCCAGCUCAUGUAGCUGCUGCCUAUUUAAAAAACAACUCGGAAUGAUUCUCUGGCUCUUAGUGUCCUGUAUGUGGUUACUUUCUGUCAGUGUUAGCCUCAUAGGCAGUAAUGUUAAGCUCAUCUGAUGAAGUGGUUGAGAUCACAGUGAUGUAUAAAUCACCGUACAUUCAGUUCUUCUCGGUGAGCAACACUGCUGCUAUUGUCUAGAAAUAGCAAUCAUUUAAAAAUGCCAAACAGCUAAUUGCUACCAGCUCUUUCUUGUCUCUUUAAAGAAAGGUUUUGUGCCAAUAAUCAUCACAGACGUGUUUUGUGUCAUUAUUGAGAAGUAUGUGAGAGUAUCUUACCUUACAAUUUACUUGUAAGUAAAAAUAUAAUGCUUAUAAAUCUUUACAUGUAUAAAAUACAGGCUGUUGUCAUUUGGUCUACAAAUAUCUUCAUUUAGAAGUAAUAUCCACAUUUUAUUUUAGACAGUUAAGUUCAUGUAUUUGGUUCUGUCUUAUCAAUAUAAAUGAGAAAAAGAUCAGGAAGCUAUUUAAAAUUAAAACCAGUACAUAGUUUUAAUAUGUAAUAAAUGUAGCAUCAUUUCAUUCUCAUUUGAGGGUUAAAAAAGAUCAAGUUUAACUAGCUGAAAUAAAAUUCAUGUCCUACACAUUCAAACUGUUUCCUAGCGGCUUUUGGACUAUAUUUGACUUGAUGUUAUAGUAUCUUUUAUUCUUAAUAAAUGUUCAAAUUUCUAUUUAGAAGCUUUAAUGUACAUCUAGAUUAAAAGAAAAGUUUUAUGCUUUUAAAAUAUAUGUAUUUCAAACUGUAUUUUAAUUUCUGAGUGCAUGUUAGUGUUUUACUUCACCUUUGUCUUGGCAGAUUUCAAUAUAUUUAUUCCCACGUGUGAUACUUGGAUUCUCUCUUUAAAAUUAUGACUAUGUACCAUUUCCUGAAAUCAUCCUAGCCUUUGCUGUAUCAAAAGUAUUGUAUAUUUUAUGGAGAUUUAGUGAUAUAUAUGUAAA